AUGCGCGCGCAUUCGUCGCCCGCGACCGCGUCGUCGCGCCGUCGUUCGCCCCGCGACGGGCGCGCGCGAGAGCGCGUGCGACGGUGUCGCGCCUUCGUGCCCCCGAUCGUCCCGAACCCGAACGGGGACGACGCGCGAGGACACGGGAAUGCUGACUCGGCAACGCUGCCGAACAUCGAGCGCGCGCUGCGACCGCUGGGAUGGGCGAUCGGCGCGGAGAGAGGGUACGACGACACCCCGCACGCGUAUAAAAUGUUCAAGACGCGAGACGGCAUGCGAGCGCUGGAGGCGCUGCAGGAACGGUUGUACGUGCGGGACGAACGAGGGUGUCGGAUACGUCGGGAGACGCAGAGCUUGUGGUACAUGUGCUGCGAUGGCGUGCGAUGUCGGAUGAACGAGGGGAAACAUGAGAUCAUCGUGGAGAUGCCAUUGGAGUUGGCGACGGUGCGAGCGCACGUGGAGAAGGCGAAGACGAUCGAGGAGACGAUCAAGGCGGCGAAUAAAAGAGGUUAA